GUGAUCGCGUCCUACGGAAACCAACGAGAGAGAGGGGCAGAGAAGACAAGAUGGCGGAGUGAAUGGGUUGCGCCGUACUUUUUGCAGCGACCCUUUACUUCACUACGUAGGAUCGAAGGAAGAAAUCACAAAAAUCGGAUACAUCAUCGGAGAGGACGAAAACGGGCGCGGAGAAGGGGCAUAUUUUUGUAGUCUGGUCCGAUCGACAGCGUUAGCUCAAUGCUAACACCAGCUAGCACUACUCCGAUUAGCCGCUGCUACUCCGAGCUGGUUUUGGGUGGUUUCAGAGGGCCUCUGCUUGGGACGACCCGGAGCUUGGCUUAUUUAUUAUAAAACGUCUGGAGUUUCGGGGAAGCAGCUGGCUCCAUACGUUCUAUGUUUGACCGACACUUGAGAUCGCUUGGGAAACAUUUUCUAUCGUGAAAUCGGUGGAGAUUGACACUAUCAGGGGACAUUAUGGCGAGUAGCAGUGGUUCUAAAGCCGAGUUCAUCGUCGGUGGUAAAUACAAGCUUGUAAGGAAAAUCGGAUCGGGAUCUUUCGGUGAUAUAUAUCUGGCCAUCAACAUCACAAAUGGAGAGGAGGUAGCAGUAAAAUUGGAAUCACAGAAAGCCAGGCAUCCACAGUUGCUAUAUGAAAGCAAACUGUACAAAAUCUUACAAGGAGGUGUUGGGAUCCCACAUAUAAGGUGGUAUGGACAGGAGAAGGACUACAAUGUUCUAGUUAUGGACCUACUGGGACCCAGUCUUGAGGACCUUUUCAACUUCUGCUCUCGACGCUUUACCAUGAAGACAGUGCUUAUGCUGGCAGAUCAGAUGAUCAGCAGAAUCGAGUAUGUGCAUACAAAAAACUUCAUCCACAGAGAUAUCAAACCAGACAACUUUCUUAUGGGCAUCGGCCGUCACUGUAACAAGUGUUUAGACUCGUCAGUGGGGAAGAGGAAAAGAAGCGUGGCUGUUAGCUCUUCUCAGGAGCCAUCUUUCUCAGGAUUAAACCAGUUAUUCCUUAUCGACUUUGGCUUGGCAAAGAAGUACAGAGACAACCGGACGCGGCAGCACAUCCCGUACAGAGAAGACAAGAAUCUGACCGGCACGGCUCGUUACGCCUCCAUCAACGCACACCUGGGCAUCGAGCAGAGCCGGCGCGAUGACAUGGAGUCUCUAGGAUAUGUGCUCAUGUACUUUAACAGAACCAGCCUGCCCUGGCAAGGGCUGAAGGCUGCCACUAAGAAGCAGAAGUAUGAGAAGAUCUCAGAGAAGAAGAUGUCCACACCUGUUGAGGUUCUGUGUAAGGGCUUCCCCGCAGAGUUUGCCAUGUAUCUGAACUACUGCCGCGGACUGCGCUUCGAAGAGGCCCCUGACUAUAUGUACCUGCGCCAACUCUUCCGCAUUCUCUUCAGGACUCUGAACCAUCAGUACGACUACACGUUUGACUGGACCAUGCUGAAACAGAAAGCUGCCCAGCAAGGGGCCUCCUCAGGGGGCCAAGGCCAGCAGGCACAAACCCCCACAGGCAAGCAAACUGACAAACCCAAGCCUAACAUGAAAGGUUUUUAGCUCCACAGAGGCGGCUCCAUGACCAAUGCACCCUCUUCUGGACGAGCAACCAACAGAAAGUCUGUGUCUCUCCUUCCAUAUUAACUAUCUAUGUAACGGAAAUGUAUAGAUCUACAGACACCUGUCCGCUGUCUCAUCUAUAUAUUCAUAUGUAUAUAAUAAAUCUCUCCAGUCCAGACUGCACACCUGUAGGCCGCCGCUGGACGUGGACCGUAGCCCUGCCCCCAUCUGUUCUUCCGCCUGUCUCUGUCCUGUCAUUGUAGACUUUUGUAAGGUUUAUUUGAACCUCUAAUAAGAUAGUUGGCUGUUUUUGUUGGGGUUAUUUUUAUUCUUAUUUCUUUUUGGAGGGUGAAAACCAGAAAUGUUUUGCUCUCUCCUAAUUUUACUUUUAUCAAGCAAAUGUAAAAGAUGUAAAACUUUGAACUGGUUUCCCUUGUUGAGAUGAUUCAGCCCUGGAUGAAAUUUGCGAGUUUCAAAAAUCACAUGUUGGACUUUGUUCUUUUGUUUUGUGCUCAUUAGGAGUUUGCCUGUUGAUGAACAAUGGUCGAGGUAGAAUGACGCUCUGGCUCUCUCCCUUUCUCUUUAGAGUUCUGGAUUACUAUUAAAUCUGUUGUAAAACCUCUGAACCUCUCCAAAAAAUCCAAAUAAAAACAUUAUACAAGCCAGGUCUUGUAAGUACCGUA